AUGCCGCGGCAUUCCGAGUUUGACGGGAAUCGUGAGCAUGAGCGGUUCAGCCUCUACCUCCGGCCAGUGGACGCAGACGGGCAGCCGCUCCAGGCCAGCGGGCCGGACUCGACCGAAAAACUCCGCCGGUGGGGCGGAAUGCACGCCACGCUCUGCUCCUUUGCGCCUCACCACGGGAGCGGAGCAGCGGUCACGCAUCGCACCGCGCCGGACGCUGCGAUAGAGCUCCUGAGCGCCGCAGCCGUAUCCGGCAUCUCGUCGGCCGGCGUGUCGAAGCUGGCCUCGUCCGCCUGGCGGCUCUCGCCCCACGCUACGCUGCCCGCGAGCGAGACGGGCUCGCUACUGCUGCUGCCGACGAGAGGCGGCAAGAGCGACGGCAGCCUCCCUCAAUUGGGGGCCUCCGAGGCGCUGGCCGCGAUCAGCGCCGCCGCCGCCGCCGCCAGACUCGUCAACGCGCGGCCCGCAGAGUCGCUGCACGUCAAUAUCGGGUGA